GUAACUUUUUACUUCUACUACAGAGUACAGACUCUUCUCUGUGUUUGUGUCGUUUACUCCUUAAAACAAAAAACUACAGAUACAGACAGACAGAGUCCAGUUCUCUCCUCUUAUUAUCUUCUUCUUCUUCUUCUUAUGCUCUGAGUCAGUCAGUUUCAUCCCAUUUCAACUCCCCCCACAAGCACUUGAAUCCAAAAUCAGACUCAAUGGGUUGCCUCGAAACCCCUUUUUGCCAUCUGGGUCUGCAUUGAACCCUUAAAACAGAGAAUAUAUAUUUAAUUUCUGGCUUGGAUUGUUUUCUCUGGCCUGAAGCAAGGAACCAGUAAUGGGGACACUUUUCUGAACCAGUCCUUCUCAGAAACUGGUUAAGAUUUGUUUUCAUGGAGGUCUUAGUUUUUUAGAUGGUAGUGUUGACCCUUUUUGAAUUUGGAGAAGUCAGUUCUUGGUCAUGGCUCGCCGUCAUGGAUGGGAACUCCCUGCUCACACUUUUCAGGUCGUGGCUAUAACCGUUUUUUUCUUGCUAACGGUUGCAUAUUAUGCCUUCUUUGCUCCCUUUCUUGGAAAUGACAUCUAUGAGUACGUGGCAAUUGGUGUAUAUUCUGCGUUGGUGUUUUCUGUAUUCAUACUUUAUGUUCGGUGUACAGCAAUUGAUCCCGCUGAUCCUGGAAUACUACUUGAAGCUGACAAGACAUUUUCCCACAAAGAAAACAAUAACACAGGUAUUCCUGGGAACAUUUCAUUCAGUAAUGGAGGACAAGUGGACAGCCAUGGUGCAAGUUGGUGCUCAAAAGUUGGAGGUUUCUUCUGUGGUUGUCUUGUAAGAGAAGAUUGCCGCAAACGUGAAGAUCUCUUGCAAUUACAGCAGCAAUCUGGAGAGGAUCCUCUCUUCUGCACUUUGUGCAAUGCUGAGGUCGGCAAGUUCAGCAAACAUUGUAGAAGCUGUGAUAAAUGUGUUGAUGGAUUUGAUCAUCAUUGUCGGUGGCUAAAUAAUUGUGUGGGGAGGAAAAAUUAUAUCACAUUCGUGUCUCUUAUGGCUGCAAGCCUUGUUUGGCUUAUUGUUGAAUGUGGUGUUGGUAUUGCUGUCCUUGUUCGAUGCUUUGCUGAUAAAAAUAGUAUGAAAAGGCAGAUAGCUGAUAGGCUUGGAGUUGGUUUCUCUCAGCCCCCCUUUGCCACUGUGGUGGCCCUAUGUACAGCUAUUUCCUUCCUUGCCAUUUAUCCUCUGGCAGAGCUGUUCUUUUUCCACAUAAUUUUGAUUCGAAAGGGUAUUACAACCUAUGAGUAUGUCGUUGCGAUGAGAACACAAAGUGAACCUCCUGGACCAUCAGUGGAUGGAGGUGAUCAGCAAAGUAUUGCAUCUUCACCAACAAGUUCAGCUGUGACUGCCAUGAGUGGAAGAAGCUCUCUUGGAAUGAAUUUGCCAUACAAAGGUGCUUGGUGCACCCCUCCAAGGAUCUUUGUGGAUCACCAGAUGCAGGAUGAAAUUAUUCCACAUUUGGAGCCAGGACGCUUACCAUCGACAUUGGAUCCAGAUGCAAUACAGCAGCCUGAUAAGGCAAAAAAAUUACCCCAGCGUCCAGUCCGAAUAAGUGCAUGGAAGCUUGCUAAACUAGAUGCUAAUGAGGCAACCAAAGCAGCUGCCAAAGCUAGAGCAUCAUCAUCUGUGCUUCGUCCAAUUAGUUCUCAACAUCAUUCGUAUGAAGCUGAAUAUGUAUCGAGUAGUAAUGUGAGUGGAAGAAGUAGUCCAACCAGUACUGAUCAGGGGUUUAACAACAGAAACAGUAGAACUGGGACAUCAAAAUUAUCUCCUAUGAGCUCAUACCCACCUAGUCGUGCUAGCAGAGAAGAUGUUGAAAUUGGACGUUAUGCUGGUAGUAACUUAAGCAGUCCUCAUGUCUCUAGUCUCACCCCUUCUCCUCUAGAGCAGAAAACCUCAAACUUGGAUCAGUUCAACCCCAUGUAUCAGUCAUCAAAUGAUCAAUCUCCAUUGUCAGAAAAGCAAAGUGAAGCAAAGGUAAAUGUAGGACAGAUGCCUACAGAAAAAGGUAACUCAAGUCUUCAAGGAAAUAAGAGAUCGUCAGUUUUUUGGGAUCAAGAAGCUGGACGUUUUGUCUCAUCUUCCAGAUCUGGUGGUUCCUCCUCAGGAGCAGAGCUAUUGUACACGGGACAAUCCAUAUUUUUCAGUGGACCUGUUCUCAAUGAACCACCCGCUAGAGGGACAAGGAAUAUUGGUUCACUGGCUUCCGAGCAUGACAGAGGUUCUACAUAUCAACAGGGUAGAUCACAGAGAGGUGGCCAGCUUCCCGUGUUUGUUCCAAGUGAGUCUGAGAAAAAUCAGUUCUCUUCUAGAUUGAUUUGAGUACUGUAACGAGAAACACUAGUCACCUUUCUUCAUAUAUAUAAAAUUUGAGCCAGGAUGUUUCUUCCAGUUUGAUGUUACUAACCAAAUACAUGUGUUAUUGUGUUAUGUUGCUAUCAUAACAUUGUUCCUUAACUACCUCCCCGCAAGGUAAUUAAACUUGUAGUUGAAUUUCUGAUUUGCAGUUAUAUUAGUCAUGUUCAAACAGUCAUUCCCUUUUAAAAAUACUGAUUCAACUCGCUACAGAGAGAAGUCACAGAAAACCCCAAGUGUGGUAAAAGUUCAAAAUUAUACAAUCACAUGCUUCAUCUGCUAUAAGAGAACUUCCAUGCCUCUCACCUUCUAUUUUCUGUGUCUUCCUUCCCUGCGGUUCUCUUCUUAUGAACUGGCUCAUCUCUCUCUUGUCUCGCCUGUCAUCAGCAACAGAUUUCUUCCUGUAGUCUCUACCAUCCCUCAAGCAUGCAUGCUUAUCUGCACGUCUCUUUUUAUAAAAUUCAUCGUCUCUCUUUUCUGAAGGGCUACCAUUAUCUACACUUCUCUUUCUAUAUUCUCUAUCCCUACUCCUUUCUGUGGGUCUAUCACCAUCUGCAGUUCUCUUUCUGAAAUCUAUAUCUCCCCCAUGUGCUCAUAUGUACCGUCAUCUGCAUAUCUCUUUCCACUCUCCUGCUGGUCAAUUUUAUCAUCUGUAUCUUCGUCUCUCUUUAUGCUUCUCUCCAUCACUAUCUGCAGUACUCCUCCUUCUGUAAUCUCCAUCACGUCUUCUCUCUGCAUAGAUGCCAUCAUCUGUGUAUCUCUUUCCACUCUCCCGUUGAUCCAGCUUAUCAUCUGUCUCUUUGUCUCACCUUAGGCUUUUCAGCAUCCCUUCCCCCUUCAAAAUCUCGAUGACUUCUUCCACCAGAUUGACUUGAUUCCUCUUUGUAUCCUCUACCUCUGACACUGCCUUCAGUCCUCAGAACUCUGCCUAUUCAUCUUUUGGUUCUCGACUCGGUUAUUUGGCUCAUGUCCUUGAUGUCUCUUUUCUUGUCUUGACUUUCUGGAGUGUCUCCAUCAACUUUUCCUUUGUUAGUUAAAUCCACUUCCUUCAUUUGAUUACGCUUACUCGUGGUUUUAUUACAAAUCAGGAUGGUUAAAAUAAAGGGGAACGAAAUUUGUCACAAAUACACCAUCCAACAUGAGUAUUUUCAAUUAACAUGUGCAUGAUUAGGGUGUAGUUUGCAAAAAACAAAAAAAAAUGGAGUGCCUAUUUCACCCCCUUUAAUAAAUUCUAAGUAUUGUGUUUAAGCCUGCUCCAUUGGUGUCAUGAACAAUUAUUCUAAACUCGAACUCAACCCGUUAUCCAAACUCUACCAAGACAUUGUUGCUGAGUAAUAGAGAGAUUGUUUCCUGUGGAGCCUAGUUAGCACGAGAGUUAAAUUGUUUUGCCAUUGAAAUUUCAACAUCCAAUUUCUGAUCAUGAAGCAACAAUAUACUAUCAAGGACAGAACAAACAAAACCAAGGAAAGUUAAAACAAGAACUGAAUGUUUAUUACUGCAUUCUAGAAUCCUUAAUAUGCAUCACCGGACGCGACGGGCUUUCUCUUCCUGUCCUAUACCAAGUGAUUUCUGCGCAUUUGCUAUACCUUCAGGAUC